GCGGCGCCGGGCGGGUUCCGGGAGGGCCGGAGCGGAGCGGGCGCGAUGUUGGUGCUGGUGCUGGGCGACCUCCACAUCCCCCAUCGCUGCAACAGCCUCCCGGCCAAGUUCAAAAAGCUGCUGGUGCCUGGCAAGAUCCAACACAUCCUGUGCACAGGGAACCUCUGCACCAAGGACACCUAUGACUACCUCAAGACCCUGGCUGGGGAUGUCCAUGUUGUCAGAGGGGACUUUGAUGAGAACCUGAAUUAUCCCGAGCAGAAAGUUGUGACUGUUGGACAGUUCAAAAUUGGGCUGAUUCAUGGCCAUCAGGUGAUCCCCUGGGGUGACAUGGCCAGCCUGGCACUACUCCAGAGGCAGUUUGAUGUGGACAUCCUCAUUUCAGGACACACACACAAAUUUGAGGCAUUUGAACAUGAAAAUAAAUUCUAUAUCAACCCAGGAUCAGCUACAGGAGCCUACCAUGCCUUAGAGAACAACAUCAUUCCUUCAUUUGUGCUGAUGGACAUCCAGGCUUCUACAGUAGUUACAUAUGUCUAUCAACUAAUUGGAGAUGAUGUGAAGGUAGAAAGAAUUGAGUACAAGAAAUCCUAAAACAUGUUUUUGCUUGUCUGGUAUUUUUACCAUCUCCUUCUGAACUGCAAGUUCCAAAACUUGAUUGCUCGUUUACAGCCCUGCACUGUUGCUAACAGCUUAACAAUGUAACUUCUUGUCAUGAAUUUAAACAACCUUGUGUUUGCUUUUCUCUGUAUGAUUUGUAAAAUAUUCCAUUAAGAUAACUGUCUAAAUACUGUUCCUUAAUGUUGUAAUAAACUCCACUUCAUAGAAAAGCUGAGCUUGGUGAGGUGGUGUUGGGGAAGAAUGCAGCAGUUGUGGUGGUUUGGUGUCCCCUUCUAAGGGAUGUUUGUACAGGGCUUGAACAGAGAUUGAGGGUUCUGGGACCAGGCUGGGUUUGCUCCAGAAUCCAGCUGAUAGUUGAGAAUGUUAAAUUGAGACAAUUAAAUAAGUUCAAGGAGUAAAAUGGCUUGAUAGGCUCUGAAAGGAUUACAAUUACCUCGUAAUUUCACUGUAGAAAGUUUGAGUCUUUCUCUGAUCAAAGCACUUCCAAAUCUCCAUGUGCUUUCAUGAAUGAUGGUCUCAUUAAAUCUGUAACCAGCGAGGAGAGGUUUUCCUUUAUUCGUGGCUCACAUCUGACACUCCAUUUUUUGUGCUCUUUGCUCUAUGCACAGAGGCUCUCAAUGAUGUAAUUCCAUGUGACUCUUUAAAGCUGCUGAAGAUAAAUCUGGCUUGUUCAAAGAACAGCACCUUGUGGCUCCUCUGUUCCCACAGCUGCAGGGACCUGAAUGUAUUUAACAGCUCCCCUUUCUCACAACUGCUGUAACUUUCCAACAAAACAGAUUUUUAUCUUUUGUCUCCCACAGCAGAAUGUUUAGGAUGGGGGCAGUUUCCUUGGCCUUUGGAUUAUGACUUUUCCAUCAGCUGGAACCCUUCUUUCUGUGUCAUGAGCUGACUAAAUGACUCAUUUCUAUUAAAAAUAAACCUGCUUUGCCCUGGACAAAAAGA